ACCCCCAACAAGGGGGAAUCCUGCUGGAACCGACAGUUCCCCAUCCCUCCUCCAGGGGGCGCCUUCCGGCAGUCCCUCGCAGCAGCCCAUUUCCUGCUCCAGACGAAGCACGAGUGCCAUUUCUUCAACGGGACGCAGCAGGUGCGACUCCUGGACCGGGACAUCUACGACCGGCAGGAGAUCGACUACUACGACAGCGACCUCGGGAAAUACGUGGCCGUCACUCCGUUGGGGCAGCCCUCUGUGGACAAGUGGAACAGUGAUAAGGCCUUCAUGCAGUACAAAAAGGGCCAAGUGAAUCGCUUCUGCCGAUACAACUACGAGGGUCUCCAGAGAAAUUCUGUGAUUGGCCGGAGAGGACUCUCCUGGAGAAAGAUUUCCCCCUUUUGUAUUCUGUGCUCUCCGAUCUACGAAAUUUAUGCAUUGCUGGAUCCCACUUCCCCCCUCACCAUCCUCCUCUGCACCGCCAGGGGCUUCUACCCUGUGGAGAUCAAGGUCCGGUGGCUGAAGAAUGGGCGGCUGGAGGAGGAGGGCGUGGCCUUUGGGGAGGAGCUCCAGAAUGGAGACUGGACCUACCAGCUCCAGGUGAUGCUGGAGACCCAGCCCCAGCGGGGGGACGUCUACACCUGCCAGGUGGAGCACGCCAGCCUGGAGGCCCCCAUCACCGUCCAAUGGGAGCCCCGUUCCUCCAACUCUGCCAAGAGCAAACUCUGGACAGGGAUCGUGGCAGCCGUGAUCGGGGUGAUCUUCUUUGCCAUGGGGCUCUCCCUCUACCUGAAGAGCAAGACAGGUGAGCAACUCCUAUCCAGCCUCCUUCAG